AUGGCUAAGAAGAAAAAGAAGAAAAAGGGUAAAACGGGUCAAGGAAAUAGUGAGGGUGCAAAUGGUGCACCUGUAUCAGCAAGCGGUGAAUCUUUUCCACCCACAAAAACCACGGGCCCACCCGUUUAUGAAGCGAAUUACAGCCCUCCACGUCAUGUUAUUCCUCCAUAUUCGCAGUCUUACCAUGCUGUUCCAGAAUAUGGGUUGAGUUACAGUACAGCGCCUCCACCUAGUUCUGGUAGUGCUUCAGGUUAUGCUUAUGCACACCCCAUGUAUUCUUAUAUGCACUCGCGCCAAUAUGAUUAUUAUCCGCCUCCUCCACCGUCUGAUCCCGUUGAUGAUCGCGGUGAUUAUUAUGAUGAUGAUGCAAGUGGAUGCUCAAUCAUGUAACACAAUGUUUUUGAAGGUCACAUGCAUUGCACGUUUGGUCAAUCGUGUAAGAUAAGAUUGAACAAUAAUAUGAAUGUUUUUUGUAUGUAUCAUAGGCAUGUGAAGGAAAUAGGUGACAAUGUAAGGCGGUAUUGUAUAUUUUUGGUGUAAUUUAGAAGGAAUAAAAAGUUGUUAGUGGAAGUUUUUCGAUAUAUUACCACUCAAUAAUCAUUUCAUUGAGAUGAUUAUAGCAUGUU